AUGGUGACGAUGAACGGCGAGUGGUACACCGUUCCCGGCGAGCCGCUCUUCGACGUCGGCGGCCAUGCCGUGAACAUCGUCGGCUACAACGACUACUAUCGCGACGAGUUUGGCAAUACGGGCGGCUUCAUUCUCCGCAACACCUGGAAGGACGGCCUCGGCAUCGCUCACGGGCAGGGCACCCGCGGCUCCCACACCGCAAGGUACUAUAACAAGGAUCUCGACGGCGCGAACGACGAGCCGCUGUCGUGCCCGAACCCGCACAGCCCGCGCUCGUGGGGCACGUGCAAGGACCUCGCGGAGUGCAAGAAGCAGGGGGACGACCCGCAAAACAAGGACGGGCUGCUCCGGCUCAAGUGCACCGACACGGGCUUCGCGCUGCCCGAGGGCGCGUGCGACAAGGACGUCGGCUACUUCAUGGCAAACCGCACAGAGUGGGGCAUGCGGGGCCUAUUUGUCACCUGCUUCAUCUACGAGGGAGAGCAUGGCACGUCGCAGUCCAUGUGCCUCCCGCCGCUGACGUCGGAGUUUUCUUAUGGUUAG